UCCCUUGACAACACCCACCCACCCACACCCAUAAUGGACUUUUUCCUCAGUGGGGUGGCUGCCUGUGGGGCCUGCCUCUUUACCAAUCCCCUGGAAGUGGUGAAGACCCGGAUGCAGCUCCAAGGAGAGCUCCGCUCUCCUGGCACGUACACCCGCCAUUACCGCAAUGUCUUCCAUGCCUUGUACACCAUCGGACGGGUGGACGGGCUGGCUGCUCUCCAGCGAGGACUUUCGCCUGCCUUGUUCUAUCAGUUUGGCUUUAACGGCAUCCGCUUAGGCGCCUAUGGGAUAGCGGAAUCCAAGGGCUACAUCUACAAGCGGGAUGGACGGAUCAGCCCAUUGCGGGCCACCCUGGCAGGAGCUUUGGCUGGCGCCGCAAGUGCCAUUGUGAGCAGCCCCCUGUACCUGGUGAAGACUCAUCUCCAAGCUCAGUCAGCUUCUGAGAUUGCUGUAGGACACCAGUAUCAGCACCAGGGAAUGUUCCACGCGCUAAGUGGGAUCCACAAAGAACAUGGUGUGUUAGGACUGUGGCGUGGAGCCAUUUCGUCCGUGCCCCGAGUCAUGGUGGGUUCAUCCACGCAGCUGUCUACCUUCUCCUUUUCCAAACAGUUUUUCAACAACCUCGAGAUCUUCCCCAAAGACAGCUGGCUGAUUGCCUUGUGUGCCGGGAUGACGAGCAGCUUCGUGGUGGCCAUCGCCAUGACACCUUUUGAUGUGGCCAGCACCCGCCUUUACAACCAACCGAUUGGACCCGAUGGCCAGGGCAUGAUGUACAAAGGACUCUUGGACUGCCUGGCCCAAAUCAUCCGGACCGAGGGCUUUUGGGGGGCCUACAAAGGAGUGGGGGCUUCUUACUUCCGCAUCGGGCCGCACACGAUCCUCAGCCUUCUCUUCUGGGAUCAAAUCCGCCAAGUCAACUUCCGCUGACUGCAGGAGUGAAGCCGCUCAUAAGGGGGAUGACCCCCCCCCCAAUUUGCACGUCGUGACAUACCUCAGGGGGCGGUCCGGACCUCGCUGUCAGUCAAGCUAAUCUCAAGAGAUUCAACUUCUUACUGGGCAGAGAAAGAUCAUUGGUAGCCCAUUCCUCACGCUUUGUUUUUUGGCCGUUCUCACCUCUGGGUCCCCUUUUCUAUUUUGCUACAGGUGGGAGGAGAAAAUAAACGUGCAAAUCUUUCUCCUGCCUGGAAUAAUAAUACCUCAAUCCUAAUUUCUGGACUGAGGAGCCAAACCAUCACACAGAAGCUCUUCCUGAAGCUCUUCCUGUUGAAGCUUGUGCAGGAACCCACCAGGCCCAUUCUAUAGUGAAGCGCCAUUUUUCCACUGCAGAAGAUGGACCGCUGUCGGUUUUGUAAAUGGCCUCCAGGUCCCACCUACCUAGAAGCCCUAAAAAGCUUUCUCACUUCAUUGGCUCAUUUUGGCCCAGUGUGCAAACAUAUAGGGCCUCUGUAAAGGUGGCGGGAGGCGGGCUGAGUUCAAGCUGUUUUCCAUGGCAACCAAGUAGGCCUAUAGGUAGGGCUCACCUGCUCCUCUGUUAAUCCCUCCUCUAGGUGGCACUAGAGUGCUGUCCUGCUCUUUUGGAUUUCUUGCUGUCUAUCCACAUGCUUAAUUAAAGUUAUCAGAUCUGUUUGUAAUGUUCAGUUGGGUAAAAUGGUGCAUUAUGGGGCAACAGUUUUUCAAUCAAUAUACAUCAAAUGGGCUAACAUACAGAAUGUAUCCAAAACUUGGGCCCCAUGUGACUGGGAAUUGAAAUUUGACACAUUUGUGGCCAUUUCAGUCGUGCCACCUCUAUCGAGUCAUUUGUCCUUUCCAACACUCCUGAAACCUUUGGCAAAGAAGAAGCCAGAAAGUUAAGUCACAAGUUUUUCAGGCAAGUCUCCCCCACUCACACAACACACAUAGCCCUUCUGGGCUCCUACCCCUCAUGUACCACUGCAUACCUUUAGCUGCAUCACAGUUCUGCGUGCUGUGUCAACCUCAUGGCACUGUCCUGCACCCCUACUCAGCUUUCUCAACUCAUACCAAAUUCCUGUGUACUCCAUCUGACCUUUUGCAUACUUCUGUACUCUCCUGGACUUCCACAGCACCUCAUACAUUCUCUACACACAUCCUUGACCUAUUCUGACCCGUGUGGCACAUGUCAUGCCUCCUUCCCAAUUCUUGUGAUAUCUUUCCCUUGUGCGGAGUCCAUUUUUAUUUCAACAGGAAAGCCACCAGGAAGUAUAAACUUGAUGCAGCAGGAAGGAAGGAAGGAGAGGAGAGGGAGGGAGGGAAGGAAGGAAGGAUAGGUAAACUGCCAGGCAGGUCAGGGAAAAUGUAUUGACUUUAACUCCCAUUUUAGCUGGGGAAUUCUGGGAGCUGAAGCCUGCACAUCAUAAAGGGUUCUUGUUUAAUCUUCAGGUUCUCCUUAUCAUGAAA